GGGACCGUACCGGUACCGGCACCGCCCCGAUGUGAGCGGGGCAUGGCCGCGGGGCAUGGCCCGGGUCGGGCGGCGGUGGGCGCGCAGCGCCGGCGGUGAAGAUGGAGCCGCGUCCGCCUGGGACCGAGCCCCCGCUGCCCCGGGGGCCGGGACCCGGGCCCGAGCCGGAGCUGGAACCGGAACCAGAACCCGAGCUAGAGCUGGAACCGGAGCCGGACCUGGACGUGCAGCGGGAACCGGAGCCGGAGCUGGAACCAGAACCCGAGCUGGAGCUGGAGCUGGAACCGGAGCUGGAACCGGAGCCGGAGCUGGAACCGGAGCCGGAGCUAGAACCAGAACCCGAGCUAGAGCUGGAACCGGAGCCGGAGCUGGAACCAGAACCCGAGCUGGAGCUGGAACCGGAGCCGGAGCUGGAACCGGAGCCGGAGCUGGAACCGGAGCCGGAGCUAGAACCAGAACCCGAGCUAGAGCUGGAACCGGAGCCGGAGCUGGAACCGGAGCCGGAGCUGGAACCGGAGCCGGGGCUGGAAGAGGAGGCGGACCUGGGCCCGGAGCUGGAUCUGGACCUCUGGGCACUUGAGCCCGCCGCUCCCGGCGCGGGGCCGCCGCCCUGGUGCCCGGGGGAGGCCGGGGACAGCCCGGGGAGCCCCGCCGAGCCCCCGCCGGAGGAGGAGCCGCGCCUCCGCCCGGUCUUCGACGCCCUGGACCGGGACGGCGAUGGCUUCGUGCGCGUGGAGGAGUUCGUGCAGUUCGCCACGGCCUACGGCGCCGAGCAGGUAAAGGACCUAACAAAAUACCUGGAUCCCAGUGGAUUGGGAGUUAUCAGCUUCGAAGAUUUCCAUCGGGGCAUCAGAGCCAUCAAAAAUGGAGACCCUGACAGCCAGCUGUAUGAUAUGGGAUAUACCCCCGAGGAGGAAGCCCCGGCCUGCCCCGAUGAGUUUGAUGACUUCGUCACGUUUGAGGCAAAUGAGGUGACUGACAGUGCCUACAUGGGCUCGGAGAGCACCUACAGCGAGUGCGAGACCUUCACGGAUGAGGACACCAGCACCCUGGUGCAGCACGAGAUGCACGACGAGGUGGAGACCGACAGCGCCAUCGACUCCACCGUGCACUCGGAAUUCACGGAUCCCAUCGAGGAGCCGGAGCACGGGUCCCAUCCCCACGAGCUGGCCCUGGGCUCCGAGCUCAGCCACUCCAUCGUCACCGUCAUCAGCGGGGAGGAGCACUUCGAGGAUUACGGGGAGGGCAACGAGGCUGACCUGUUCCCGGAGCCUUUGUGUAAUGGGGAGAGCAGCUUUGGCAGCUCCUCCUUCCUCUCUCCCAGCACCAAUCCGCUCGCUGUCAAACUGCACAGCAUUCUCGCAGAUGAAGCUUUUGAGUUUUACUGUAGCCAGUGCCACAAACAAAUCAACCGCCUCGAGGAUCUUUCUGCUCGCCUCAAUGAUCUUGAAAUGAAUAGCCCCAAUAAAAGACUUUCCAGCAAGAAGGUGGCAAGGCAGCUGCACCAGACCAGCUCGCUGGCCGUGGGGGUGAUGGAGGAGUCCUACCGGGAAAACCUGGAGUGCAGCGAGGAGGACAUCACGGACAAGGUGGUGUUCCUGGAGAAGCGGGUGACGGAGCUGGAGAAGGACACGGCUGCCAACGGGGAGCAGCACAGCCGCCUCCGCCAGGAGAACCUGCAGCUGGUGCACAGAGCAAACGCCCUCGAGGAGCAGCUGAAGGAGCAGGAGCUGAGGGCUGACCAGACCCUGCUGGAGGAGAUCAAGAAGCAGAGGGAGCUGCUCAGCAAAAUGGAGAGAGAGAAGAGCAUUGAGAUCGAGAACCUGCAGGCCAGGCUGCAGCAGCUGGAUGAUGAGAACAGCGAGCUGAGGUCCUGUGUCCCCUGCCUGAGAGCCAACAUCGAGAGGCUUGAGGAGGAGAAGCAGAAGCUGCUGGAUGAGAUUGAGGACCUCACUGUGCAGCUCACAGAGGAGCAGGAGAAAAAGAGGAAGAUGGGGGACAAGCUGAGUCAGGAGAGGCACCAGUUUCAGAAGGAGAAGGAGUCAACGCAGGAGCUCAUCGAGGACCUCAGGAAGCAGCUGGAGCACCUGCAGCUCUUCAAGCUGGAGGCGGAGCAGCGCAGGGGCCGGAGCAGCAGCAUGGGGCUGCAGGAAUACAACAGCAGGACACGGGAGACGGAGCUGGAGCAGGAGAUCAAGCAGCUCAAGCAGGAUAACAGGAACCUGAAGGAGCAGAACGAUGAGCUGAACGGGCAGAUCAUCAACCUGAGCAUCCAGGGAGCCAAGAACCUGUUCUCAGCCUCCUUCUCCGAGUCCCUGGCAGCAGAGAUCAGCUCUGUCUCCAGAGAUGAGCUCAUGGAAGCAAUCCAGAAGCAAGAGGAGAUCAACUUCCGCCUGCAGGAUUACAUCGACAGGAUCAUCGUGGCCAUCAUGGAGACCAACCCCUCCAUCCUGGAAGUCAAGUAAUGCAGCCGGGAGGAUUUGGUGCUCUGAGAGGAUGAUGAAGAGGGACUCCAAACGUCUUUGCACUUGAUGAAGGCACAAGGAAGCCUCAGGUCGGGGAGUGACUGAGCCACGGACCAGGGAAAAGGAAAACCAGCAGCCAGGGUUUGCUGUCUGACUCCGUUAUUUUGAAGCCCUCCUGGCUGUGGAGGCGUGAAAGGGAACCUGGAGAAGGAGCUCAGGAAAGGGACACUGCAGGAAGUGCCUGUGGCGCUGGGGACUGUCCCGACAGGCACCGCCCCUCCGAGGGAUGCUCCGAGCCGCGGGAGCUCGGGAUGGAGAUGGAAGCGACAGCGCUGGCUCUGCCCUGCUGCCCUGCCCGGCCGAGCAUCGCCGUGCCAAAGUGUCCCUGACACACCCACCGGGCAGAGCUGGGAACCAGGGAAGCGCCUCCCGGACUCGCACAGGGCUGGGGUUUGGUUUUGGUUUGGGGUUUUGGGUGUUUUUUUUUUUUUUUUAAUUAACUUAAUGCAAAUGGCCUCGUCCAGCUGGCUCAGCCCAUCCUUGCCCCGUGCUGCGUGCAGAGCCCUCGGUGGCUGCCGGGGCUGCUGGGGACAGGGCGUCAGCUCACUCGGUCACCUGCCUCCUUAUUUAUUUUCGGUGUCUGUGGCUCGGCACGUCUCGGCAUCCCGGCUCCACUCCCUCCUCCUCCCGCCGGGCUCGGCCGCUGCGGUGGCUCGGGGGGAGCUGUCCCUCGUCCCCACUGGGGACGGAGCCGCGGGGCAGGGCUGCAGCUCCUCACCCCGCGCUGGGGCCGGCCCUGGCCGCCUCUCCUCGGCCUGGCUGGGACACGCAGCACCUCGGGGGCUCCGCAGCUCCCGAAGCCCCGGGGACAGCGGCCUGGCCGGGCUCUGCCGGUGCCAGCUGCGGUCCUGGAGGGAGAGCCCGCCCCGCUGCCUUCCCCCGCUGCUGGGCUGGCCAGGGGCUGGAGGAGCCGCGCUCGCUCCUCAUCCCGGGCACCGGCCGGGGCUGGAAUCUCUGUGCCGAGGGAGGGGAGCUGGAGAGCACCAGCAGCUCCCUGGGGAACAAAAGCCAUGUUUACAUCAGACAGCUCCGGGAGUGGCCGCUGUCCCCGCUGCUCCGCCGGGCUCCCGGCAGGAGCCAGCCAGCGGGAAUCCCAGGGAUCGGCUCCAGCCCCGCGGUUCCUCUUCCUGCUCGUCAGGUUUUGGGAACGCCAGAACGGCCUGGAAGCAGAAGCCACAGCAAUCCCGGGGGGGGCUGCUCCCCCCGGGUCCCUGCCAGCCCUCGGGGUGACUCUGGGCAGGGGACGUGGCUGCUGUCACCGCCCCAUCCCAGGGGACAGCGACGAGCCGCGGCCACCUCCGGGGCUGAUCCCGCAGAGCCCCCGCGGGGCAGCGGGGUCGGGGCGAACCCCAAACCCCGGGGCAGCUCCCGCACCCAGCCCUGCCUCCCCCCUGCCCCGAGGCCGCGGGAAGAAGCCACGUAAUGUACAUUUCCAGAGAAGCUUUGGGUGUAAAUCAGUGUAUACUUGGAGAGGGAAAUUUUUUCUAUCUUGUAGAGUAGGUAUUUUUAUAGAAUGAAGGUUGAUCCAUUUUUUUAAUACUUUAAAAGAAGAGAGAAAUGUAUCUGUGUAUACACAAAAGCAUAUAUAUAUAUAUAUAUAUAUGUAUAAAUAUAUAAAUAUUGGAGAUCUGCCUUUCUCGACUUGGGAUCCUGGAUCCCCAGGUCUCAAACAAUCGUUUGUUUUUUCCUGUCGCUCUCACAGAGGUACUGUAACUGUAAAUAAGCACCGGGAAAAAAAGAGUUUUAAGCAAACAAAAAGCACUGACUUGCACAUUCACCAUGCUUUAAAGUCCCUAUGGAGAGAGAAAAACAAAACAAAAACUGUACAUCCUGAAAAUGUUCCUCUUUCCCGACCAGUAUGUGAAGGAAGUCCCCCAAAAAAGAGGCAACAACGGUAUUGUCUUAACUGAUGUAUCAAUUCUUGUCGGAUUAAAAGCUGUUACUAUUCCUG